AAAAUACACCAGCGAACACACACAGGAGAGAAAUCUCACCACUGUUUUGAUUGUGGGAAGAGUUACUUAAGAUUAAAAGCACUAAAAGUACACCUGAGAAUUCACACUGGAGAGAAACCUUACAGCUGUGAUCAAUGUGGGAGGAGUUUUACUACAUCUUUCUCUCUGACUCUACACCAGAGAAUACACACAGGAGAGAAACCGUACAGCUGUACUCAAUGUGGGAAGAGUUUUACUCAGUCAAGCAACCUGUUAUCACACCAGAGGAUACACACAGGAGAGAAAUAUUUUAGUUGUAAUCAAUGUGUGAAAAGUUUUAUUUCAUCUAGUGACCUGACUGUACACCAGAGAACACACACAGGAGAGAAACCUUAUAGCUGUGAUCAAUGUGGGAAGACUUAUAUUUCAUCUUGCCAUCUGAGUAGACACCAGCGAGUACACACAGGAGAGAAACCUUAUAGCUGUAAUCAAUGUGGGAAGAGUUUUACUCGGCCAGACAGCCUGAUAUUACACCAGAGAACACACACAGGAGAGAAACCUUAUAGCUGUAGUCAAUGUGGGAAGAGUUUUGCUGCAUCUGGCUCUCUGACUCUACACCAGAGAACACACACA